ACGUGCAUGAAAGUUAACUAUUCAUACAUUAACUUUAACUUUUGAAUUAUUUAAUCUUUAUAAGUACUGCUAUUGAUAACAGACAAGUAAAUAGAGAAAUGAUAUUUUUGUUCUGAUAAUGAAAAACGCAAUUUUGUCUGAAUUGAACGCAUGGAAAUUUGUUUAAAUUAGCGUAUGAAAAUAUUCUACAUGGAAAAAUAUAAAUGUUUAAGUAGAAAUAAUAUUUCGAAUUGCCCCCCGCCCCCUCAUGUUUGUUUUCAAGGCUAAUUAAUUUUAUUUUCAAGAUUUUUGUUUAGGGAGGAAAAAAAAUUAAACAAUUAACCCGUGUUCCGUUUAUCUGGUUAUCCUUUCCCUAUUUUUGAACGUAUUAUAUCCAACAUUUUUUCAAAAUUAGAUAAAGCGUGCAACCAAAUGAACAAUACAAAUGAACAGGAAACAAUUUCCAAAAGAACUUAGAGUCGUUCUACCUCCUAUAAAGCAUCUUUCUGGUACUAAUAAGGCUCUUAGUGGUAUUAUUAGCAUUCCCGCAAUAGAGUUAGAAUAUUUAAAUUUAAUUUCUAAACAUCUAGAUUUUAAAUAUGUGCCUAUGGUUCCUCCUGAUGGCGCAUUUGGCUUUCAGGAAAAAAAUGGCAAUUGGACCGGAAUUAUUGGAAUGCUUUCCAGACAGGAAGCUGACAUGGCUAUUGCUUAUUUGGCCCAAACCCAACAAAGACAAACAGCGGUUGACUUCAGCUAUCCUUAUACUGUCCAGAAACAAGUUUUUAUUACAAGCAUAUCUUUGCGUUCUCCACAAAUGGCUACAUACACUUAUCCAUUUGAAGGCAGCGUCUGGAUUACUAUUUCAAUGUGUUUCCUUUCAAUGACAUUUCUACUUCGUUAUCUGGAUUUCAAAAGUCGAAAGUUAGUUGAUAUGUUGACUGUUAUGUUUGGGAGUUUGUUGCGACAGUCAUUUUAUGUCACAAAUAAUAACUUUUAUUAUAGAAUUAGUUAUAUUUCUUGGUGGAUAUUUGUGACGUUUAUGACCCUAAGCUACAGUUCAGUUUUAUUGUCAUUUCUGACGAUUCCUCUGAAGGCCAAAGGCAUUCGAACUACGGAUGCAUUAAAUAAAGCUGUUCAAAGCGGUUCCUAUAAGGCGUUGGUGCCUAUGGGUUCUGCCUUACUCCAACAGAUGUUGCAUAGCGAUCAAGAACAUAUGAGAGAGUUGGGAGAAGCUAUUAAGGAAAAGAGAUGGUAUUAUGAUGUUCGAGAGAAUAUAACUAAGUACUUUGCCGAUGGAACAGUUUUAAUUGGCCCAAAGCUGCGAUUCAAUGGUGUUUUAUUCAAAAAUAAAGACAUCUCUGAAGAUUCCUUUGGUACAUGGAACGUGGGCAUUGCUCUGAGGAAGAAUUUCUGCUGUAAAAGUAUUUUGAACAAAUUUGUACUGAGAUCAGAUGGAGCAGGACUUUAUCAAAAAAUUAUAAUUGAUCAACUAAUUCAUUCCGAUAUUCUCUAUUAUUCAAAUUUAAAAGAAAAUGAGGCAAGUGAAGCGCUCAAUUGGGAUGAUGUACGCAGUGUUUUUGUCUUGUUAUUUAUUGGUUUAACCUUAUCAUUAAUUUGUCUCAUUUUUGAAAUUGUGACUCAUAAUAUUGUAAUAUUUAUACGAAGCAAAAUAUUCCUAAGAGGUCGUUCUUUAAAACAUCGUUUGAGGUAUAUGCGGCUAUUAAGGAAAAUGUUAAAUAUUGGCAGUUAGAAAUUAAUGUAAGUAAAUGCUUUGAAUUUUCUAGUAAUUAAAUACUGUUGAAUAUAGGUUUUUCUCUAAAAACCUUCCUGCAUAUUUUUAAAGCCUAUACAUGUUUAAAAUCCUUAUAAAAACGACGACUCAUUAGGUCUUAAUUCAAAUUAAUAUUUAAUCAAGAAAAAAAAGAAAUUUAACGAAAUUUUACAAAUCACAGUAAAUGAGGGCGGGUUUACAAAAUACUAAGAUCUGCUUCAUUGCGUGAGCAAACAGAAAAGACUUGAAACACGAUUUUUGAAAUAUUUUUCAAGUUUCUGUAAGUAAUCAAAACAGGUUUUGAUAUUUUGCCUUCAUUAAUUGUAAUUCGUAUUAUUUCGAUGCAAUUUCUGUUUUUUUUCUUCUUUUUCUAAUAUAAUUACUAAUUUACGUCCCCCAGUAUGUAUACUUUUUUUUAAAUUUCUAAUAAGGAUUCUCAAAAUAUAAGUUAAGGGUUGGCUUUGCAGAACACCCUGUAAAAUAGUUUCUUUUACAAUUUGAAGUCUUUUGUUUUACA